AUGGCAGAACCUCCCUUUACAGAACAACAGCCUUUCUUCAAUAGCAGAACUGAGUGUCUGGUCCACAGACAGCACACCCGGCAGCUACCCAGCCCACAGCUACCCAGCCCACAGCCACCCAGCCCACAGCUACCCAGCCCACAGCUACCCAGCCCACAGCUACCCAGCCCACAGCUACCCAGCCCACAGCUACCCAGCCCACAGCCACCCAGCCCACAGCUACCCAGCCCACAGCUACCCAGCCCACAGCCCACAGCUACCCAGCCCACAGCCACCCAGCCCACAGCUACCCAGCCCACAGCUACCCAGCCCACAGCUACCCAGCCCACAGCUACCCAGCCCACAGCCACCCAGCCCACAGCUACCCAGCCCACAGCUACCCAGCCCACAGCUACCCAGCCCACAGCUACCCAGCCCACAGCCACCCAGCCCACAGCCACCCAGCCCACAGCUACCCAGCCCACAGCUACCCAGCCCACAGCCACCCAGCCCACAGCUACCCAGCCCACAGCUACCCAGCCCACAGCUACCCAGCCCACAGCCACCCAGCCCACAGCUACCCAGCCCACAGCUACCCAGCCCACAGCUACACCCAGCCCACAGCCACCCAGCCCACAGCCACCCAGCCCACAGCCACCCAGCCCACAGCUACCCAGCCCAGCCCACAGCCACCCAGCCCACAGCCACCCAGCCCACAGCCACCCAGCCCACAGCUACCCAGCCCACAGCUACCCAGCCCACAGCUACCCAGCCCACAGCCACCCAGCCCACAGCUACCCAGCCCACAGCUACCCAGCCCACAGCUACCCAGCCCACAGCCACCCAGCCCACAGCUACCCAGCCCACAGCUACCCAGCCCACAACUACCCAGCCCACAACUACCCAGCCCACAGCUACCCAGCCCACAGCUACCCAGCCCACAGCCACCCAGCCCACAGCUACCCAGCCCACAGCUACCCAGCCCACAGCUACCCAGCCCACAGCUACCCAGCCCACAGCUACCCAGCCCACAGCCACCCAGCCCACAGCUACCCAGCCCACAGCUACCCAGCCCACAGCUACCCAGCCCACAACUACCCAGCCCACAGCUACCCAGCCCAGCCCCAGCCCACAGCUACCCAGCCCACAGCUACCCAGCCCACAGCCACCCAGCCCACAGCUAACCAGCCCACAGCUACCCAGCCCACAGCUACCCAGCCCACAGCUACCCAGCCCACAGCUACCCAGCCCACAGCCACCCAGCCCACAGCUACCCAGCCCACAGCUACCCAGCCCACAGCUACCCAGCCCACAGCCACCCAGCCCACAGCUACCCAGCCCACAGCCACCCAGCCCACAGCUACAGCCAGCCCACAGCUACCCAGCCCACAGCUACCCAGCCCACAGCCACCCAGCCCACAGCUACCCAGCCCACAGCUACCCAGCCCACAGCCACCCAGCCCACAGCCACCCAGCCCACAGCUACCCAGGACACAGCCACCCAGCCCACAGCCACCCAGCCCACUGUUAAAGAUUCCUACAGCACAGAGCAGAGACUGCACUCUGCUCAGAGACAUGCUCAUCAGGAGAGAGAAGGAAAACACAGCUUCUACCAAUGUGGCUCUUGCUGAGAACAGAAGGAACAAGUGGCUUAAGGGACACGUCUACCUGGCCAACCCAACAUGGAAGAGUGGAGAUGGAUAG